AUGGCUAUCAUCAGACAAUUUGGAUUAUUGCUCUGGAAGAACUAUCUCCAGCAGAAGCGUCAGAUCCUGGUGACGCUGGUGGAGAUCCUCCUGCCGAUGCUGUUCGCGGGGAUCCUCAUCGCGCUGCGACAGAAGGUGCCCUUCAAGAACUACCCCAACGCCACCGUCUACGAGAGCUUCGCCGUCAACUUCCUGCCGCCGCAGCUGCUCUACCGCCAGUGGCAGCUGGCCUACGUCCCCGGGAACUCCAGCGUGGUGCGGCAGGUGGCGGAGGACGUGCAGCACAGCCUGGGGCCCCGGGCCAUCGGCUCAGUGCGCGGGUUUGAGACUGAGGACCUGUUGGAGGACUAUGUGAAGAAGGACCCGCUGUCGGGGAAGCUGCUGGCGGCCGUGGUGUUUGAGCACCCCUUCAGCCACGACGAAGAGCCCCUACCCCAGCAGGUGAGGUACCACCUGCGCUUCAGCUACAGCCCCAAGAACGCCCCCGCCAAGGAGCGGUCGGAACUGAACCCCAACAACGACCUGGACUGGCACACCUCCAGCCUGUUCCCCCUCUUCCAGCUGCCGGGGCCCCGGGAGCAGUACGACAAGGAUGGGGGCACGCCUGGGUACUUCCGGGAGGGCUUCCUGGCCGUGCAGCACGCGGUGGACCGGGCGAUCAUGCGCUCGUACAACCGGACGACGGCGGCGGCACUGCUGGCCCAGACCCGCGUGGUGAUGUCCCGGUUCCCCUACCCGGCCUUCAUCUACGACGUCUUCAUCCUGGCCAUCCAGAACCAGCUGCCCCUUCUGCUGGUGCUCAGCUUCACCUACACCUCGCUCAACAUCGUCCGCGCCGUGGUGCAGGAGAAAGAGCGCAAGCUCAAGGAGUACAUGCGUAUGAUGGGUCUCAGUAACUGGCUGCACUGGAGUGCCUGGUUCCUCAUGUUCUUCCUCUUCAUCUCCAUCUCGGUCUUCUUCGUCACCGUGCUCCUCUGCAUCCAGGUGAGCCCCAAGGGAGCAGUGCUAGCCUACAGCGACCCCAGCCUGGUGUUCGUCUUCCUCAUCGUCUUCGCCGUGGCGACCAUCAACUUCAGCUUCAUGAUCAGCUCCUUCUUCUCUCGAGCCAACGUGGCGGCGGCGGCGGGCGGCUUCAUCUACUUCCUGAGCUACCUGCCCUACCUGUUCCUGUGGCCGCGCUACGACAUGCUCAGCCACGCCCAGAAGGUGGCCGCCUGCCUCAUCUCCAACGUCGCCAUGUCGAUGGGGGCCCAGCUCAUCGGCAUGUUCGAGGGCAAAGGGACGGGGAUCCAGUGGUCGAACCUGUUCGAUGCGGUGACGGUGGACGACGACUUCUCUCUGGCCCAGGUGCUGCUGAUGCUGCUGCUGGACGCCGCUCUGUACGGCCUGGUGGCCUGGUACAUGGAGGCCGUGUUCCCCGGGGAGUACGGCGUCCCACGCCCCGCAUACUUCUUCGUGCUGCCGUCAUACUGGUGCAGCAGCCCCCGCAUGGCCCUGGUGAAGGAGAAGGAGGAGGAGGAGGACGCCGAGAAGGCCCUGAGGGGGGAGUUCAUCGAGGCAGAGCCGGCUGGGCUGGUCUCGGGGGUGAAGAUCAAACACCUGAACAAGGAGUUCACGCUGGGUAACAAGACGCGGCAGGCCGUGAGAGACCUGACCCUCAACAUGUUCGAGGGUCAGAUCACCGUGCUGCUGGGUCACAACGGGGCCGGAAAGACCACCACCCUGUCCAUGCUCACAGGUCUGUACCCCCCCACCAGUGGCAGGGCGUACAUCAACGGCUAUGACAUCUGCCAGGACAUGGCCCUGAUCCGCCAGAGCCUGGGUCUGUGUCCGCAGCACGACGUGCUGUUUGACAACCUCACCGUCAGGGAACACCUGCUGUUCUACACACAGCUCAAAGGCUACCCCCGGGCCAAGAUCCCUGCGGAGGUGGACCGCAUGAUCCGCGUCCUGAACCUGGAGGACAAGACCAACGCCCGGUCCAAGACGCUGUCGGGGGGCAUGAGGCGGAAGCUGUCCAUCGGGAUCGCCCUGAUCGCGGACUCCAAGGUGGUGAUGCUGGACGAGCCCACGUCGGGCAUGGACCCGUCGGCGCGGCGGGCCACCUGGGACCUGCUGCAGGGGGAGAAGCGCGGCCGCAGCAUCCUGCUCACCACGCACUUCAUGGACGAGGCCGACCUGCUGGGUGACCGCAUCGCCAUCAUGGCGGGCGGGGAGCUGCAGUGCUGUGGCUCCCCGCUGUUCCUCAAGAACAAAUACGGCGCCGGGUACCACAUGGUGAUUGUGAAGGACCACCUGUGCAACGUGUCAGAGAUCACGCGGCUGGUGCACAUGUACGUCCCAGACGCCACCAUGGAGAGCUGCGCCGGCGCCGAGCUGUCCUACAUCCUGCCCAAGGAGAGCACCAGUCGGUUCGAGCUGCUGUUUGCGGAGCUGGAGAUGAACCGAGAGGAGCUGGGCAUCGCCAGCUACGGAGCCUCAGUCACCACCAUGGAGGAGGUCUUCCUCAGGGUGGGGAAGCUGGUGGACUCCAGCUUGGACAUCCAGGCCAUCCAGCUGCCGGCGCUGCAGUACCAGCACGAGCGGCGCUCCAACGACUGGACCACGGCGGACGACGUCAGCAGCAGCAGCGGCAUGACGGACGUCACAGACUUCACCGACAGCGGCACGCUCAUCUCAGAGGACUGCUCCAACAUCAAGCUCAACACGGGGGCUAUGCUGUACCUGCAGCAGUUCUACGCCAUGUUCCUGAAGAGGGCGCUGUACAGCUGGCGGAACUGGAAGGUGAUGGUGGCCCAGUUCCUGGUGCCGCUGGUCUUCACCGUGCUGGCCCUGGUGGUGGCGCGCUCGUUCCCUAGCAACCACGCCGCCCCGCAGCUCAGGCUGGGCCUCGGUCGCUACGGCGACACCCGGGUCCCUGUGGCGCUGGCGCCCGGAGCCGCCCCGCUGUCCGCCGCGCUGGCUGACGCGUACGAGGCGCAGCUCGCCGCCCAGAUGGGACGGCUGGUCAACAUCACAGACUUCACGGACUACAUCCUGACCCAGGCCGCCAAAGAGGGCGGGGCCUUCAACGAACGCUGUGUGGUGGGCGCGUCCUUCCGUGGCCAUAGCAACCGCUUCGCGGAGGCCACGGCCUACUUCAACAACGAGGGCUACCACACCCCGGCCACGGCCCUCAUGAUGGUGGACAACGCGCUGUUCAGGCGGCUGGCCGGCCCCAACGCCUCCAUCAGCACCGGGAACCACCCGCUGCCCCGGAACCUGUCUGAGGCCGCCCAGGGCCAGCUCACCGAGGGUCAGACUGGCUUCGCCAUCGCCAUCAACCUGAUGUACGGGAUGGCGUCGCUCUCCAGCACCUUCGCCCUGCUGCUGGUCAGCGAGCGCGCCGUCAAGUCCAAGCACGUGCAGCAGGUCAGCGGCGUCUACCUCUCCAACUUCUGGUUCUCGGCGCUGCUCUGGGACCUCAUCAACUUCCUGCUGCCCUGCCUGCUGAUGCUGGUGGUGUUCCAGGCCUUCGCGGUCCAGGCCUUCGUGGCGGACGGCCACCUGGUGGAGGUGUUGCUGAUGCUGCUGCUGUACGGCUGGGCCGUGGUGCCGCUCAUGUACCUGCUCAGCUUCCUGUUCUCCACCGCCGCCACCGCCUACACGCGCCUCACCAUCUUCAACGUCAUCUCCGGCACCGCCACCUUCCUGUCCGUCAACAUCAUGGACAUCCCCGAGCUGAAGCUCCAGGACCUGUCUCACCUCCUGGACAAGGUGUUCCUGGUGUUCCCCAACUACUGCCUGGGGAUGUCCUUCUCCCAGUUCUACCAGAACUACGAGCGCAUCACCUUCUGCAAGUCCAACCCGGUCACAAAGGCAAUCUGCAACUUUUACAACAUCACCUACCAGGAGAACUACUUCUCCAUGUCGGAUCCUGGGGUGGGGCGCUACCUGGUGGCCUUCUCCCUGCAGGGCGUGGCCUUCAUCGCCCUGCUCUUCAUCGUGGAGCUGCAGUGGGCGCGCACGCUGCGCCGGCUCUUCAGGGCGCUGUGCCGACGGAGACCCAGGGUGCUGCUGGAGGACGGGGUGCUGCACCCGGAGGAUCGGGACGUGGCUGACGAGAGGAAGCGGGUGUCGGACUGCCAGCCGGUCAUCGAGUCCAUGGUGGGGAGCCCGCUGGUUCUACAGGAGCUCACUAAGGUGUACAGCGCGGAGGGUCUCCUGGCAGUGGACCGGCUCUCUCUGGCCGUGGGGAAGGGGGAGUGCUUCGGCCUGCUGGGCUUCAACGGCGCGGGAAAGACCACCACCUUCAAGAUGCUGACGGGGGACGAGAGCGUGAGCAGCGGCGACGCCUACAUCGACGGCUACAGCGUCCUGAGGGACAUCAAGAAGGUCCAGCAGCGUAUCGGCUACUGCCCGCAGUUCGACGCCCUCCUGGACCACAUGACGGGCCGGGAGACGCUGAGCAUGUACGCCCGGCUCAGAGGCAUCCCCGAGAAGUACGUGUCGGGCUGCGUGGAGAACGUGCUGCGGUCCCUCCUCCUGGAGCCGCACGCCGACAAGCUGGUGCGGAGCUACAGCGGGGGCAACAAGAGGAAGCUGAGCGCGGGCAUGGCCCUCAUCGGGGGCCCGCCGGUCAUCUUCCUGGACGAGCCCUCCACCGGCAUGGACCCCGUGGCCCGGAGGCUGCUCUGGGACGCCGUCACCCGCACGCGGGAGUCUGGGAAGGCCAUCAUCAUCACCUCCCACAGUAUGGAGGAGUGUGAGGCAUUGUGCACCCGGCUGGCCGUGAUGGUCAACGGUCAGUUCAAGUGCCUGGGCAGCCCCCAGCACCUGAAGAGCAAGUUCGGCAGCGGCUACACCCUGCUGGCCAAGGUGCACUGCGACGCCGACUCAGACCACAUGGACGCAGACCUCCAGGUCUUCAAGGACUUCAUCGAGAGCACCUUCCCAGGAAGUCUACUGAAGGAUGAGCACCAGGGGAUGGUGCACUAUCACCUGACCGACAAGAGCCUCAGCUGGGCACAGGUGUUCGGCACACUGGAAGCGGCCAAAGACAAGUAUCGUAUCGAGGACUACUGCGUGAGCCAGAUCUCCCUGGAGCAGGUCUUCCUGAGCUUCGCCCAGUUCCAGCACUGCGCCGAGAACGCCAAGAAAUGACUCCCGCGCCCCCGUCCGUCCGUCCGCCCGUCCCCGGACCGCGGGGAGUCCCUCCUGUACAUAGGUCUGCCCCCCCACCGUCCCCACUGGCCCCCCCCCCACAGCCGUGGUUCCUGGGGGCCCUCAUCGCUCCUCGCUUGGGGACCGCAGGAGGUGAUGCUGUAAAUGUUGCACAUUAUGAGGAGAUCAAAGAGAAGAAGAACGUGUGUGUGUGUGUGUGUGUGUGUGUGUGUGUGUGUGUGUGUGUGUGUGUGUGUGUGUGUGUGUGUGUGUGUGUGUGUGUGUGUGUGUGUGUGUGUGUGUGUGUGUGUGUGUGUGCGCACGUGUGUGUGUGUGUGUGUGUGUGUGUGUGUGAGCUUAUUUAUAAUUUUGUAUCACCAUGUGAUUGUCGCGUGUCCGAUAUGAAGGGGAGCAUUGCGGUCUGGUGAGACUCUGAGUUUCGUGGCGAGUACGAGACACCUCACGGCCUUCAGUACUGUCCUGUUUGGUUUUUUCGUAAGAAUCCAUGACGCCAUUUUAUCUCUGAGAAGCAGUAACGCCACGUGUAAAAUGUAUCCGUGGUCCAGGUCACUCAUUCCCCACACUAACAAUCAUCCUCUUCCAUGUAUUUCCAUGCGUGGAUAUCGAUUGGUAUCCCUGUACAUUUACCUUCGAGGGCUGACCAAUCGAAUCAUCUGCUGAAAGUCUUAACAGAUUGCAUGUCAUCUUCUUAAAUCUGCCUCAACUCUCUACAACCCCCUCCCCCCCCCCCCACCCUCCAGGGACUAAUUUGAAUAUUGUGUCGCUGUGCAUUUUAGCACAGACUCACCAAAGUCUGACUCAGAUCUUUCCUACUGAACCAGACGAUUAUAAAGUCAAGCUUACAGUCAAGCUACGUGAGAUGCUAUGUUUCUGUUUGCAAACCAUCCUGUUGAAAACGACCAACACUUGGUACCGUUUGUAAGUGUUGUUCUUUACGGUGUGGCCCAGAUGUGUGGAUACCUAAAGGCCGUUUUGUAGCGAAUAACUUUAAGCAAAACAUACGAUGGUUUUUUUUUUAGAUGUGGAAAUGUGUUGGAAAAUGUAUCUUAACAUUUUAAUUUAUCAUCAGGGCUCUCCUGAAUGUGUGUAGGGCAUUAUAUUCAUGAUAGAGGAUAAAUAAUGAUUCAUAUGAACUACACAUCUAAUGUACGAACGUAACAUUCCUAUGAUUUAUUCCACUGAACAAUCAACCAAUUAACUUGAUUAAUGUUGCACUUGAAAUGAGAUAUUCCGUCUAAACUAUUGCAUUACCAGGUGCAAAUAUCAUUUCUAUGCCUCUGCGAUGUAUGUAUGCCUCCUACACUGUUUGAUAUAGUAGUAAAACACAAUGAAGUUAUGGAUCAGUCUUGCUUAAUGUGAUUACAUUCUUUAAAACAUUGAUCCUCCUAUGUUGGGUAAAACUAAUUCCUUAUCCUUAACGUAAGGUAUAAGAAUCGGAAUUACUUGAAGGAAGUUUAAGAAGGGAAGGCAUCUUUGUAUGUGUGUGUAGUAGGCUAUAUUGUGCCAUGAAACAUUGUCUCAUAAAAAUCUGUUCUUUUUCAAUAUAAAAAAAUGCCCCAUGCAAAUGAA